GAGUUUUCUCUGUGAGGAACUCCGUUCCACAUUCCCCAGAGCUAGAAAUCUCUCCGGGUCACAAAUCCCUCCAAGUCCGGCCGGUCCGUCUUCUAUCAGUCAGAUACUCAAGCCUCAACAGACCCUAGCCGAUACGAUUCCAUAUACGCCAUGCCCUCCAGAUCAGACAUUACCUACUUCGGUCCAGGCCCAGCGGCUCUUCCUACUGAGGUAAUUGAGGAUGCUGCCAAGGCUCUGAUCAACUAUGGCGAUACUGGUCUAGGCAUCGCCGAGCACUCGCACCGGUCGGCCAUAGCUACGGAUAUCAUCAACGAGACCAAAGCUGAUCUGGCAUCCUACCUCGAUAUCCCAGACGAUUACGAGAUAAUUUUUAUGCAUGGCGGUGGGUCGGGGGAGUUUUCCGCUGUGGCUUACAACUUUGUUGGCGCUUGGGUUUCGCGCAAACACAGGGAGAUUGGUAGCUCAGUGCCGGAGCUUAAAUCGGCUGUGAAGAAUCUCAAGAUGGACUACAUCGUCACUGGUAGUUGGUCGCGGAAGGCAGCGGCUGAAGCUGAGCGACUCUUUGGCUCGGAAUAUGUCAAUAUUGUGGCGGAUAGCCGCAAGGAAAAUAGCGGCAAAUUUGGAACGAUUCCGGAUGAGAGUACCUGGAACCUCUCUCAGGAUGCCGCCUUGGUCUAUUAUUGCGAUAACGAGACAGUUGAGGGCGUGGAAUUCCCCAGAUUUCCCAAGGCCUUUGAGCCGGGGCUUAAUAGACCGAUUGUCGUGGCCGAUAUGAGCUCCAACAUUCUUUCAAGGACGAUCCCGAUCAAGAAUUUCUCAGCCAUCUUCUUCGGCGCUCAGAAGAACCUCGGAACGACUGGUAUCACCGUUGUAGUUAUCCAUAAAAGCUUCCUCCCGCCUAUAACAUUUCAGCCUCCUGCGACUCUAAUGAGACAGCUAGGUCUGCCUAUCCCGCCUCGCAUCUUCGAGUAUGAAACUAUUGCGAAGAACAAUAGCCUCUAUAAUACACUUAGUAUCUUUGAUGUAUAUGUUGCAGGUCAGGUUUUGAAGAGGCUGUCGCGACAGCAUUCAAAAGUGCAAGGACAGCAAGCUGUGGCCGAAAAGAAAGCUCAACUAAUCUACAGAGCUCUUGAAGUUCACCCUAGUAUCUAUCAGAUCAUCCCUGAUAAAACGGUGCGGUCACGUAUGAAUAUCUGCUUCAGGAUUGAAGGUGGCGAUCCCGCAGAGGAGGCUUUCUUGCAGGAGGCUGCUGCCUUAGGGCUGACUGGGCUGAGAGGUCACCGUGAUCUGCGUGGUAUUCGAGCGAGUAAUUACAACUCGGUUCCUCUUGAGGGUGCAGAGAAGCUUGCUAAGUUUAUCGGCACCUUUGCGUCGCAACGGGAGACUUCUUAAUUAGAGCUAGACUAGAAUGGUAGAUGCUUCGCUUAAGCUCACCGAGUUUCCCCAACCAGACAGGAUCUCCAACUUCCGCUGUGAGGCAUCGGGUACCAUGACUGCGCGGAAU